CAGCGAACGUCGGGAUGCCAGGCAGAAGGUAUUUUGGCAAGCCCAGCCCCCGCUGUCCCAGAUCGACAGACGAAACGCUCCGGAAGGAUCAAUCGCUCUGUCCACAUUCCCAAUUCCACUUCACUCUUUGCAUCGCCAUUCGACCACUGAACAUCCCUUAGAGCCAUUAUAGUCGCCCCACCAUAUCAGAAAAAGAACUUCCGUUGCAAUCCGGCUGGGCUGAGGACGCGUCAACAGCCUUCUCGAAUAUCAAGUUCAAUGCCCCCAACAAGAUCCAAGGCCAAAAUGAAACUGGAACCGCCCACUGGCACGUCUGCAGGCACGCAAACCAGCAACCUGGUCGAGCCGUCGCCGCCAAAGGAAACUGUUGUGACUGCUCCACCGAUUGAGACGCCCACAACAUCUCCGACCUUUCAAGCACCGGGAAAGACGCCGCCGCGAAGAGUACUUCGCCUUAAGUGCCCGUCUUGUAAUGACUAUCCCGAGGGCUUCCGCAGUGAACAUGAACUACGCCGACAUACCAACCGUAUCCACAGAAAGACGCGUAAAGUCUGGAUGACCAUCGACACAUCCCCAGACAAAAGCUUUCUUGCAAACUGCAAAGCCUGCCAGACCGGCAAGAGGUAUAACGAGUGUUACAACGCCGCAAGCCAUCUGCGGCGGAUGCACUUUCAUCCUCAUAAGCGUGGCGAAAGAAAGAUGACUGCGGCUGAAGCUCGAAGAGGGGGAAAACCGGGGGACCUCGACCCACCCAUGGAAGUACUAAAGGCGAACUGGUUACGAGAAGUUGAGGAAGUCGUAGGGGAGGAGAUGGAGGGAGAUAGUGAAAAGGGGGACGUGGAGAUGUCUCUGCCUGAACCGCAGCCGCAGCCUGUCGUCAAAAAGGUGGACAUGAAAGCACCGCCUACGCCCACAACCCCGUCGACUCGAUCGAUGGCUAUUGAGAGUAUUGUUGACAAAGUCGACGCCUCAUAGCAUAAAAAUGUGCGGUAAUGCACUCCCGAGCCCUCGAGUUACUGGCACGAGGCCAGGGUAGGCUAAGGGUUGCUCAUAAGCUAAAGCCUACUGUCCGCCAUUCGUUGCUCAAACAGAAUAUCUGCUAGACGACUUCCCGUCUCGUCUGACACCUCAGAUACCGCCUUGCGUUUGUCAUGGAUUGAACGAAGUGUGAAGUCUUUGCAUAUCCAUACGAGCUUGGAGACGAGUGAACCAGGACUUGACAAGGUGUGAUGAGGAAGAGGAGGGACAAAGUGACUCUAUAGAAAAGUGGCUUGGUGUUUGUGGCGCAUUGGAAAAGGGCAUGAAUAGUAAAUGCAUGAGGCGCCAAUACAAAGAUAGCAAAGAAUUAUCAUAUUAUCGACCAGAAUUUCAAUCGCAACAUCUAUCCUAGAACGGAAGGAUCUUGCUAAAGCACUGACAUAUUCAA